GUUACUCUCAUAGUCCUCAAAACGGUUGAACAUGAAAGUGCUCGUUGUAUUUGGUUUGGCCUUGGUCUACGUCUCGGCAUCGGUUCAUCAAGAUAAACCCGAGAUUUAUCAUCAUAAUGAGCUACAGGAUAUUUCCAAUGUUGAAAUCAUCAACGGACAUAACGCUUCGCCCCGUCAGUUUCCCUAUCAAGUCAAACUAUCUAUCAAGGAAGGCAAAAAAUAUUUCCAAUGCAGUGGUUCGUUGAUUAGCCACAAUUGGGUCCUGACUGCCGCCCAAUGCACGAGCGGUGCCGAUUCUGUCGAAGUGUUCUUGGGAGGCAUUGAAAGUUCUGAUUUCCUGGUGAAAUUCUUAAUCAAAUCAAAAUACAUAAUCGUCCACAAAGAUUGGGAUGAUUAUUAUAAAUUAAACGACAUCUCACUUAUCAGAAUUCCAUACAUGGAAUACUCAGAAUACAUUAAACCUGUCGAGCUACCGAAAAUUCAACCACGCUAUAAGACUUACGCUGGUUCUGAGGCUAUCGUUACCGGCUGGGGAACAACAUCGAAAGAUUCUACCACAUUUUCCAAAAUACUUCAGUACGGUACAGUAAAGAUAAUUAACAACAAAAGAUGCAGUGAUACUUUUGCCACCAUUAAGUCUUUCGAAAUCUGCACUUCCGACUCGAAAAUAUCUUUUUGCGACGGCGACGGUGGUAGCCCAUUGGUGAUAUCGAACAGUAGUGUUCAGGUCGGAAUAGCGUCCUUCCUACCGGACAAUUGCGCUAGCCCCAAUGGCUUCACCCGCGUAACUAGAUUCCUCAAAUGGAUUAAGCGCCAUACCGGUCUGCCUUUGUAAUCUGAUAACAAAUCAAAAUGUUCAAAUUAGUAUAUUUUAAAUUUUAAUAAAAAAAUCUGGGUAAUGCUCGAUUCCAAGAUUAGAAUUCGAAUUAAAGCGGAUAUACUUAUUCCAAAAAACUAAUAUUAUACUAGCUAACUUAAAUUAAACUAUGU